AUGCGGCUCCUCGCUACGGGCAGGGCCCUCAGACUAUACAACACAAGAUGGUCGAUGGGUCGUGUCAAUAUUAAGCCGGCCUGCGCACUGUUUAGUGCUCCUGUUGUACUCGGCCCGGGCUUCAGAUACUCAAGCUCUCAAUCACCAGCGCAGAAAACAACUCCAGCAGCAGCAACAGCAACAGCAUCUACGCAGUCUACACUCGGAGGAAAUUCAAAAGGAACAAUUACCGUGGAAGACGUAACCUACCCGGCUGAUCGAUGGACAAACGCAACCUCUACUAUUCUCUCUCACAUUCCGCGACGAAUCUACCUUGAAAAAAACCACCCGCUCGAUAUGACAAGAAGAUUGAUCGAGAGCCAAUUUCCCGCUCCUACUUACGGGAACUACACAGAAAAGUCUCCUGUGGUUACGACCGCCCAGAAUUUCGAUGUCCUGGGAUUCCCGUCGGACCACCCAGGGCGCAGCAGGACGGAUACCUACUACAUUAACGAAAAGACUGUCCUCCGAACCCAUACGAGUGCACACCAAGCCGACUAUUUCCGACGCAUGAAUGGAGAGAACAGUAAAGAGGAUGGAUAUACAGUGGUGGCAGAUGUGUACAGGCGAGACGCAAUUGAUCGGAGUCAUUACCCGGUUUUCCAUCAGAUGGAAGGCGCCCGCUUGUGGAAACGCCCUGCGGGCAUGACAGCGUCAGAGAGCGCGGCCAGGAUUCUCGAGGAUGUGCAGAAACUGCCUACACACGACGUCGAGGUUGAGGACCCAAACCCUGUCACACACCCAGAACGCAAUCCACUUCAGGAAAGAUAUCACUCUCAGGAGGAAGUGAAUGCAAUCGCAGCGCAUCUUAAACGUAAUCUAGAGCUCUUGGUGAUCAGGAUAUUCACCGAGGCUUCUAAGGCUUCUAAAAAGGCGGAGUUGAAACAAGAGCCCUUGAAGAUACGAUGGGUGGAAGCGUACUUCCCAUUCACGAGUCCUUCGUGGGAGUUGGAAGUAUUUUGGCAGGGUGAUUGGCUCGAGGUUCUGGGCUGUGGCAUCAUCAAACAAGAACUGCUCAACAACUCCGGGGUUCCUGACCGUAUUGGCUGGGCAUUCGGAAUUGGCUUGGAGCGCAUUGCAAUGCUCCUCUUUGAGAUCCCGGACAUUCGACUGUUCUGGUCUCAAGACUCGCGAUUCCUGUCGCAGUUCAGCCAGGGGGAAAUCAUCCGUUUCCAGCCCUUUUCCAAACACCCUGAAUGCUACAAGGACGUGGCUUUCUGGCUGAACUCGGCCACGGCAAGCGGCACAGGAGCCGGCGCUGCUGGCGGCGCUGUCCCCUUCCACGAUAAUGAUAUGAUGGAAGUGGUGCGCGAGUGCGCAAAGGACAUGGUGGAGGAUGUUCAACUGACUGAUCAAUUCGUCCACCCGAAAACCGGGCGGAAGAGUCUGUGCUACCGGAUCAACUACCGAAGUCUCGAGCAUACCCUGACGAACAAAGAAGUGAAUGUGAUGCACGAACAGGUCCGGCAAACGCUCGUGCAGAGAUUCGGCGUCGAGAUACGCUGA